AGAGACGCGAUACGGUCUUGUCUACAAUCUCCAGCUGAUCCCCGAUCAACCAUUCUGAUACCAUUUUUACGCCUUUUUGUGGAAUUUCAUUGACGGAGCUGGGAGGUUCGAGUUCUCAUCUUCUUGCAUCAUUCCUUCGGGCCCCUCCAAACACGUGCAUCGUUGCCCCACUAUACCCAGCCUCUUCGCUUCACCUGGAGUGGUAGACCGAUCUGCUUCACCUCUUCUUCUUCUUCAACGGCCCUGGUUGCCUCGCCUACGAACAAGCUUUAGACUAGCGAAAACAACGUCGGCUGCAUUUGCGGGAACUUUUGAAUCUGCGCUCUCUCGAGCAGGAACGUCUGAACCAAGCAUCGCAAAAUGACUUCCACCAUCGAGGAGCUGGAUACCACCGUUCGAGCUUUCUACGAGGCUAGAGGCGAUGUGCAAAAACAAGCACAGGCAACGCUGAACCAGUUCAAGGACAACCCCGACUCUUGGCUUCUGGUGGAUAAAAUCUUGCAGGAUGCAACAUACCCUCAGACAAAAUAUCUGGGACUACAAAUUCUCGACAAUGUCAUCAUGACAAGAUGGAAGGUUCUACCCAGAGAACAAUGCCAGGGUAUCCGAAAUUUCAUUGUCAACUUUAUCAUCCAAGCGUCGAGCUCGGAAGAGACAUUAAAGACAGAGCGCACUCUGUUGAACAAGCUUAAUCUUGUGCUUGUUUCGAUUCUCAAGCAAGAAUGGCCGCAUAAUUGGCCGACAUUCAUCAACGAGAUCAUCUCCUCUUGCCAUACAAGCCUCUCGAUCUGCGAAAACAACAUGGCCAUCCUGCGACUAUUGUCCGAAGAAGUUUUUGACUAUUCGGCCGAUCAGUUGACGUCCACCAAGGCGAAGAAUUUGAAAACGACAAUGAACGCCGAAUUUUCCGCAAUUUUCCAGCUCUGCUCAGAGGUCCUCACUACUGCCAAUCAAGCAAGCUUGAUCAAAGCAACUCUGGAAACCUUGCUCCGCUUCUUAAACUGGAUCCCGCUUGGCUAUAUUUUUGAGACACCCAUCAUCGAGACCCUUCGCAGCAGAUUCCUUGAAGUCCCCGAGUUUCGGAAUAUCACUCUCAAGUGUCUGACAGAGAUUGGAGGUCUCCAGAUUGGGCCUCAGUACUCGUACGAUGAGAAGCUUGUCUUGAUGUUCACCGAGGUCCUGACCACAAUCUCCGGCAUCAUUCCUUUGUCAAUGGAUCUCAAGUCAACUUAUGCUUCAAGUAACUCGAGAGACCAAGAAUUUGUCCAAAAUUUGGCACUAUUCCUCACAAACUUCUUCUCCGUGCAUCUCAACCUCAUCGAGAACCUUCCGAACCGUGAUUUCCUCACUCAUGCGCAUUUCUACCUUAUCCGCAUCAGCCAGAUUGACGACCGGGAAAUAUUCAAGAUUUGCUUGGAGUAUUGGACCAAGCUCGUCCAGGAGCUUUACGAGGAGAUGCAGCAAUUGCCGAUUACUGAUAUCACGCCUCUCAUCAACAUGGGUGUCAGUGGCUUGUCGAACGGCGGCGCCCCGAAUCCCAGCGUUCUGGCCAACUACCCUCUUCGCAAACACAAAUAUACCGAAGUCCUUUCUAACCUCCGUCAAGUCAUGAUUGAGAAAAUGGUGCGGCCGGAGGAAGUUCUGGUUGUGGAGAACGAUGAAGGAGAAAUCGUUCGUGAAUUUGUAAAGGAAAGCGACACGAUCCAGCUCUACAAGACGACCAGGGAGUGUCUGGUGUAUCUCACCCAUCUGGAUGUGGUGGAUACCGAGCAAAUCAUGUCCGAUAAGUUGGCGCGCCAGGUCGAUGGCUCGGAAUGGUCAUGGGCAAACUGCAAUACUCUUUGCUGGGCUAUUGGUUCCAUUUCGGGAGCGAUGAACGAAGAGACGGAGAAGAGAUUUUUGGUUACCGUCAUCAAGGAUCUAUUGGGUCUAACCGAGAUGAAGCGUGGCAAGGACAACAAGGCUGUUGUUGCCAGUAAUAUCAUGUACAUUGUCGGCCAGUACCCGAGAUUCUUGAAAGCUCACUGGAAAUUCUUGAAGACGGUCGUGAACAAGCUCUUUGAGUUUAUGCACGAGACACACGAGGGUGUCCAGGAUAUGGCUUGCGAUACUUUUAUUAAGAUUGCCAACAAGUGCAAGCGCCACUUUGUCGUCUUGCAGCCUGGCGAGACCGAGCCUUUCAUUGAUGAAAUUGUUCGGAACAUGCGCAGAAUCACAAUCGAUCUAUCGCCUCAGCAGAUCCACACCUUCUAUGAGGCAUGUGGUUACAUGAUCAGCGCACAAGGCCAGAAGAACCUUCAAGAGAGGUUGAUUCAGGAGCUCAUGUCUAUUCCGAACACUGCUUGGGACCAAAUUAUCGCGCAAGCCAACCAAGACCCUACAAUCUUACAAGACGGAGACGCCAUCAAGGUUGUUGGCAAUAUCAUGAAGACUAAUGUCUCCGCUUGCUCGUCCAUCGGCAGUUACUUCUACCCGCAGAUUGGUCGCAUCUAUCUUGACAUGCUCUCAAUGUACCGGGCUACGAGCCAGAUGAUUUCGGAAGCGGUUACGCGUGAAGGUGUCAUCGCUACCAAGAUGCCCAAAGUUCGCGGCCUUCGUACCAUCAAAAAGGAAAUCUUGAAGCUCAUCGACAUCUAUGUGCAAAAGGCGGAUGAUUUGGAGAUGAUCAACACCAACAUUGUUCCUGCCUUGCUGGAUGCUGUCCUUAUCGACUACAACAGGAACGUCCCGGACGCUCGUGAACCCGAAGUACUGAACGUCAUGACGACUAUUAUCACCAAGUUGCACGGCCUAAUGGAGGACAAGGUCCCGGCUAUCAUGGAGAGCGUGUUUGAGUGCACACUCGAAAUGAUCAACAAGGACUUUUCAGAAUACCCCGAGCAUAGAGUUGAAUUUUUCAAGCUGUUGCGCGCUAUCAACCUUUACUGCUUCCCUGCUCUGCUCAAGCUCGACGCGCGACAAUUCAAGUUUGUCAUUGACUCUUGCAUGUGGGCUAGCAAGCACGACAACCGCGAGGUUGAGAGCGCGGGUCUCAACAUGUGCAUUGAGCUCAUGAACAACAUGGCUGAGACUGAUCCCACGACAUCGGGCUUGUUCUUCCAACAGUUUUUCCUCUCAAUCCUUCAGGACGUCUUCUUCGUUCUCACCGAUACGGAUCACAAAGCCGGAUUCAAAUCGCAAUCUAUGUUGCUCGCAAGAAUGUUUUACUUUGUUGAGUCUGGAAAGAUUACGCAGCCUGUCUACACUCCUGAGCAAGCCCCCGCCGGUACUUCGAACAGCGAUUUCCUGAGAGAAUUUGUGGGCAGCCUCCUACAGAACGCUUUCCCUAAUCUGCAAGUUGCACAAAUCAAGACCUUUGUUGAAGGACUCUUUGCGCUCAAUAACGACCUCGCUCGGUUCAAGUUGAACCUUCGAGACUUCCUCAUCCAGCUCAAGGAGUUCUCUGGUGACAACGCGGAACUCUACGCCGAGGAGCGUGAACUUGAGCAGAAGAAUCUCAAGGAUGCAGAAAGAGAACGUGCGAUGAAGGUUGGCGGUCUUCUCAAACCCGCAGAGAUUGACCAGGACGAUGAGUUGUAAGGAGUGGGAGAUAAAUUCAAUCAAGAAAAGUUCUGAGCGGUUAGAAUCCAGCAUGCCGAGGGAGGAAGACCACCUAUACUUCCCACUUCGGUAGACCCUGGAUCAUUUUGGCGUUUCCUGGUAGAGCACAGCCCCAGCAUAGCGCGCAUGUGGGUGAAAGCUGGACAACAAAGCUGUUCAAGUCGUGGAGGAUUUGCGCUACUGUGUGGCUGGGACAUGCAUGGCCUUGAUAUCUUUGUGUUUUUCGAUUCCCAACAAUCGGGCGAGCGGUUUGUAAAGAGAAAGAGAACGAAAGAAAAUCGCGUCCCGUCAUCAUCUCAUCUUCAUCAUCAUUGUUAGAUGGACUUCUGACUUCUCAAUCACCAAAAAUGUUGAUCUUUUUCGGCCUGAUUUGAUCAAAUUGAUCAUCCUGGCUCCGAAGUGCCAUAGUCCGGGUCAUUUCCCUUCUUUUGUCCUUUUUUUUUCACAUUUCUCAUCUCAUAUGGCGCACC